AUGAGGUGCAGGAAGCACCACUCCGACUUCAGCAGCAGCAUCGGAGUCUGUGCUUCCUGUUUACGGGAACGAAUUUUUUCCGUCAUCGCCGAUCAGGAACAGGCGGAGAACCAAUCGGAACUCGGUUCCGGCGGUAUUCACGAGGCGGAUGUUCCUCUUCCGCCGCCGCUCGUUUCUGAUGAUCAGAAACCGGAUGAAGAUUUGUGGAGUAAUCUUGAUCGUGAAGGUAAUCGCCGCCCUCGCCAUCAGCGAUUUUAUAGUACUCCGCAAAUUGGACCAAAUUAUAGAACGAACAACAGUGCGAAUACUACGUUCGUCAGUAUAGGUUCUUUCGAUCGGAAGCAGAGGAGUACCAAAUUAUCGCUCUGGUCCAAGCUUUUUAGGUCUAGAUCCGAGAAAUUCGAGAAGAAUCAUCGAGAAUCGCACGGUCCGGAUUCGUCUUCUUCAUCGUCGUCGUGGUUCUCGACGAUCUUCCAUGGCCGUCGGAUUAAGCAGCAAUCGAGUCUUUCGACAGUCGAUGAAUCGAUCGCCGGUGUUGAACGGAGGCGUUGCCAGGGAAUCGAACGCGGAAUGUUGCCGGUGACGGUACCUGACUCCGAUGAAGAAUAUGAAGGCCUCGAUCGUUCUCCAGUAUCUCAAAUGUUUCAACAGUCUCCAAUGGCGGCUCCUGGAUCGGCGAAACGCGGGAGAUUAAAGCACAAACAGAACGUUUCGGCAUUCGCAUUUUGUUUGAGUCCACUCGUACGAGCAAGUCCGAACCGGAUUUGGAACCAGAAGGUAGCCGCUCCGGAAGCUUCCUUCUCCGGUAACCUCAGGGUUCCGGCGAAGCCUCAUCUCUGUGCGAACCGGUCGAGAAAGAUAGCGGACUUCGGAAGAGUCAAUCACAACCGUUGA